UUCAGGAGCAUUGCAGACUCUACCCAACCAGUUUGCACUCCUCAGUUCAGCAUCUUGGAAAGCUCUGCAGAGGCUCCAACACGCAGACUCCAAGAUGCAGGGACCUUGGCUGCUGCUGGCUCUGGCUUUGAUCUUCGCGCUAACUGGUAUCCCUGAAUCCUGCGCCUUGCCAGAGGAAACCCAGGAGGAAGCUGUCGUGACUUCUGACUUUCCUGGCCUGGAGAAAGUCCAGGUCCGGCCAGAACGUCGAUUCUUGGGGAAAGACCUCCAGAGGGUGCGAGGGGACCUUGGUGCUGCCUUAGAUUCCUGGAUCACAAAACGCCAGCAUCCAGGCAAAAGGGAGGAGGAGGAGGAGGAAGACGUUGAAGCUGGAGAGAGGGGGGACUUGGGAGAAGUGGGAGCCUGGAGACUCCACAAACGACAGCACCCCGGCCGACGUGCCAACCAGGACAAGUAUUCAUGGGCAGAUGAAGAGGACAGUGACUGGCUGCCGCCAUCCUGGUUACCAGAUUUCUUUCUGGAUUCCUGGUUCACAGAUGUCCCCCAAGUCAAGCGGCAGCACCCUGGCAGGCGAUCCUUCCCCUGGAUGGAGUCUGAUGUCGCUAAGAGGCAGCAUCCAGGCAGGAGGUUCAUAGAUCCUGAGCUCCAAAGAAGCUGGGGAAAAAAAGAGGGAGAGGAUGUCUUAAUGCCUGAGAAGCGCCAGCAUCCUGGCAAAAGGGCCUUGGGUCACCCUUGUGGGCCCCAGGGGAUUUGUGGCCAAACAGGCCUGCUCCAGCUUCUAGGUGACCUGAGCAGGAGCCAGGAGACCCUGGCAAAGCAAAGCCCACAACUGGAAGCCUGGGACAGGGAACCUCUGGAGGAGUAAGGCCAAAGUCAGGCUUUAGGUCUAGGAUGAUGUAAGCCCUGUGCUGUGUGCCCUAUCCCGUUCCAUUCCCUUCACCUGCUUUCCUCUCUUAGACGCUAAACCUGUACAUAGCAUCCAGUCAGGAAGUUAAAACCCUCCUUACACCUACAGCCCCACACAGUCUCACAACCCUUCCACACUGACCAAGAUGGUUCUUCCACACCUCCUAAGGGACCACCUCAGAAAGGGUAGGAUUGAAAAGUUUUGGUGUUAAAAUCCAACUUCUGUAAUCAUGCCCCAAUGUGGCAAGACUGACCUGGUAUCAUUUCAGUGCAUCCGCCAAGCUUGGGGGCCCUAAA